AUGUCGAAGCGUAAAAUUUCUUCUUAUUUUACUUCAACUUCAGAUAAUAGUAAGCAUUUUAUUCCUGACCAACCAAAACAAGUUGAAAAGGAACAACCGGUGAUACCAUUAUUGAUUGAACCGAAUAAAGAAUCCAACACAAUUGUAACUUCAAAUAGUUCAAAUUAUACUGAUAUUGGCCAAGUAGUAAGUAGUAUUGAAUUUAUAAAAUUCACAAUUCUCGAAAGAAAUAAUAAACCAUCAGAAGACUUUGUUUUUCCUUUUUCUUUACACAAUAAAAAGGGAAAAGAAGAAAAACGGUAUUUACGAUUGAAUCAUUUUCAGAAAUUCAGCUGGUUAGAGUAUUCAAAAAAUGAAAAUGGGUUAUUUUGUAAGACAUGUGUACUUUUUUUAACCACUACAAUGGGUGGUGCUCAUAAAACAGAGCAGUUAAAUAGGUUGGUAACUAAACCUCUAAAUUUAUAUUCAAAAUUGCUUGGGAAAGAUGGUGCACUAGAAAUUCACAAUAGUACUCACUAUCACAAGAAAGCUGCUCAAUGUGCAAUAGAUUUUAAAAUUACAUAUUUGAACCCUAAUAGAGAAGUAAUAAAUAUGUUAGACUCUCAAAGAAAAAAAGAAGUUGCCGAAAACCGUGCUCGCAUUAGACCAAUAAUUGAAACAAUAAUUUUUUUGGGACGACAAAAUAUUGCAUUACGUGGGCAUCGAGAUGAUGGUAAAGUUUCGUUUGAUGAAUUCCCAAUUGAUAAUGUCGAUAAUGAUAAAUCUGUGAUUAAUGAAGGCAAUUUUAAACAGCUUCUUAAAUAUAGAGUAGCCUCUGGAGACCAUGUUCUUAAAAAUCAUUUGGAAACGUCAACUGCUAGAGCAACUUACAUAAGUGGAUUCACACAGAAUGAAAUUAUCAAUUGUUGCAGUAAAGUGAUUUUAGACAAAAUUUGUUCAGAAGCUAAAGAAGCAAAACAAUUUAGUGUGAUAUUUGAUGGAACAACGGAUAUUUCUAACAUAUCUCAAUAA